AUGGUCUACUGGCGAGGUAGUUCAGCAACACCAGAGGAAAGGAGCAGAGCAAGGCGAAGUAUGGCACUGGAACCAGUAAACCAAUAUCUGGCAACAUUGAUGAGACUUAAGGUUGGGUUAUACGUACAAGACAUGGCAGAACGUUUUGGUGUUUCUGUAGGAGCCUUCUCUCAGUACUUUACCACCUGGAUUUGUCUUCUUCACAGGGAACUGAAGGACCUUAAUCCAUUUCCUUCCAGAGAUGUUGUUCAGAGAAAUAUGCCAACUUGCUUUAAGUCUUUUCAAAAUUUAAGAGUCAUACUUGAUUGCACAGAGAUAUUCAUUCAGAAAUCUAACAGUUUGAUAAAUCAGAAUCAAUCUUUUUCUCAUUACAAACACCAUACAACUUUGAAAUUUUUGAUUGGUAUAACCCCUUCUGGUGUUAUUUCGUUUGUUUCAGAGGGCUUUGGUGGAAAGAUCUCAGAUCGGCAGAUGAUUGAACGAUCACCUCUGCUUGAUCUGCUUGAUGAGGGGGAUGUUGUUAUGGCAGACAAGGGCUUCACUAUAAGGGAUUUACUAGAGAAAAAAGGCUGUAGUUUAAAUAUUCCACCAUUUCGGUCUUCUAAAUGUCAAUUUUCUACUGUAGAUGUUUUUAACACUCAAGAUAUUGCUAAAUUACGGAUUCAUGUCGAAAGAGCUAUAGGACGCGUUAAGAAUUUUCACAUAUUUGACGGUGUACUUUCUCUUUCUCUAGUGCAACUGGCAUCUCAAAUAUUUUCUGUCUGCUGCUGGCUCACCAACCUUGAUGUCCCUAUGGUUGAAAGUAAUCCAUGAUGACAAAUCUAGUUCUCCUCAGACAAGACAAGACUUUUCAUUGAUGUCUCCAGGGGAUCCUCUGUU